AUGAAACUGUUGGACAGACAUGUGAUGAUCAUCAACACUCCUCAGCUGCUCCAGACACAUCUGUCACUCCGUCAGAUCACACAGACAGUGAGAGAGUGUGUGUCUCUGUCUGAUCCAGGACCUCAUGUCUUCAUACUCGUACUGCAGCACAAUGACUUCACUGAGGAGGACAUGACAAAAGUGAAAUAUGUGAUGAAGGAAUUCAGUGAAGAGGCGAUUAAACGCACUGUAGUGAUCACGACUGAUGAAGAGACUGAUGAAGGAGCAUCUGUGAAAACUAAUGAAUUAAUUCAACAGCUAGCUGCAGAGUGUGGAGGAGGACAUGUUCAGCUUGAUAAUGAAACAGGGGAACGGCGCUCUGGAAUAUCCCAGCGUUUAGAGAAGAUACUCAAGGAAAACAAUGAUGAAUUUCUCACAUGUGAAUUAUAUGAUGAUGCAGAAGACACAUCAGUGGAUGAAGAUCCGAGCAUAUCUACGGGUUCAGUGAGAACAGAGAAGAAAAAUGAAGAUUCUGAUGUACAUGAUGAUGGAAAACUCAAAGACAACCAAACAGCAAUAAAGGAAGCAAAAGGUAUUCAAAAGUUCCAAUAAUAGGA